AUGGCUGCAUAUAUGUCUUUUUUGUUGGCCUUCUCCGCAUGCAUGUGUCUCGGCAAUCUCACAGGUAUUGUAUACAUCCGGAGUUUUAUACCUCUUUCAUCAUACUCCGGGUUUGUGGUUUGGGCCUUUGCCUUCCUUGGUUGCACACAUUUUUUGUCGUUGCUGGAUGGUCGCAAAGCUCCUGAGGACCACGAACGACGACCGAUGAUCGAGCAUACAUCCGAGGAUGACCACCAAAGGAUCGCUGGUUUACUCAAGGAAGCUGAAUCCAAGGCGAAUCUGCUCGAAGAAAGACUGACCGAAAUCACUUCUCGAGCGGAGGCGUCCGAGAAACACUGCAAGCUGUUGGAGUCCCGCUUGACCCACGAGCAACAUAAGUCGGCCACCGCAAACAGCCAUAUCAGGCAGAUUAUCCGUCAGUCGGACGCUUCCUUGUUGGGCUUGGAUCCCACUCAGCGCAAGACGCGUCUUGAACAUAUUCGCGAGGCUCUUCUCUCUCUCAGCUUUCUCCACCGUUUCUCUAGGAUUCUCAUGAAGAACCUGGCAGAGGCGACACGAACCAUUACGCGUCUCACAUCAGAUCUUAAAGCAAAGACCGACAAAUGCAACAGCCUUAGCUUGGACAACCACAUACUCAAAGUGCAGAGCGAUGAGCGGGAGAAAAAGUUGAUAACCGCUGAGGACAACGCUGCCAAUCUCUCACGGAAGCUCAUGGCCCUGCACAUCCAGUACACCCGGUCAGUUCGCGCUCGGGAGUCUGCUGCUAAUGCUUGGAUUGCCUACCGGGAGAAAUCUGAGGCCUGCAGGUCGAAGGCCAUUCGCUGCCUCCUGACUCAAAUGACCGUGCUCUGGCGCUACUCUCGCUUUCUGGCUGGUCAAAACGCUCGAGCUAGUCAGAACUCGCUCUUGGCCAAGGCAGAUCUCGCCGUUGCUCGCACCAGAUAUAAUAACCUGCAAGCGCGGUACGACGCGCUCCUCGUCGAUUACGAGCAGUCUUGCGACAAUAAUAUUCAGCUGGAGACCCGCGCUCGGGCACAGGCGGAAGAGCUCACAUCUUUGCAAACGAUUCACGAAACUCUGCGGCUCUUGAAUCAGCAAACCACGGCACAGACACAGGAAACGGCUCUUAUCCUCAAAGAAACAGUGACGAAAUACGACCUGUUGCACUCGGGCCACGCUGAUCUUAUGUGCCGACACGAGAUUCUGGAGGCGCGCAUGAAAUGUGCGGAGGAUCGGUGCCAGCAGCUCGAACAAGGAACCCUAGACCUGCAGCGCGCCUCGGGGCUUUCCCUCGGUCUGAUGGCUCGCCAUGUCCACCUGGAGCGUGUGCGAAUGGAGGAGGACAAGAUCCGUGGCUUCAGGCCUGUCCACGACAUGAUGCUCGAUCUGCGGUCCAGGUUGGCGGUGGCGGACGAGUACGUGCAGAAGAUGGUUCGCGAGCCCAGGAUUUUUGUCCUCGACACUCCCUCUCCGAGGGGCGCGCUGCCAACCCCGCCUGACUCAGUGCGCACGACGCCCUCGCCUCUGACCUUUGCACAUGAGCGGCGCGUGCCGAUCGAUCCCUUCGUUGUGAAGAAGUCGACGUGCACCUCUGCCAUGAUCCGAGUGUCGUUUCCACCAAGUCCCAAAGUUCCCUCUGCACCUCCGCCGACUCCACAGUCAGUUUCUUUCGUUCCUUCUGCAUGUAUGCGUUCCGCUCAUAUAUGCACUUACACGGCAGCUCGUAGGACGGUCCCAUGA